GCGGGGCCAAUGGCGGAGGGCGGAGCGUCCGGCGCACCUGGGCGGCAUCGCCCCGCCCUCUCCGCCUCAGCCUCUGCCGCGGGCGCUUCUUCGUGGCCGAGCCGUGGCGGGUGGCGUCCGCAACUCGAGCGCCCCUGACCCCGGCCGGGGUGGGGGUAGCGCCGGGCUCCUCAGAGGAGAAGGCAGCAGCGACGGCGGCCAGUUUCCGCGGCGCGGCCUCUGCGCUCUCCUCAUCCCGAUCGGCCCGGCCCCGCCUUCAGCCGCUCGCCUCCGGGUGGGCGCUGAGCUCCAGCGGCGCGAUGUCGGUGCGGCGGCGGCAGCAGCGUAGGGCGGCCGCCGAGGAGGCGGAGAAGGAAGAAGAGGCGGCGGAGGAAGGCAGCGAUAAGGAAGAAGAUUUGGAAAAAAGGCUUUGUGAGUUGGAUCUUAGAAGUGAUUUAGAUGUUCCCGAUAUUCCUCCACCAACAGACAGCACUCCAGAAAUCCUCAAAAGGGCUUUGUCAGGCUUGUCUGCCAGAUGGAAAAAUUGGUGGAUUCGUGGAAUUCUCAGUCUAGCUAUGAUUUCUGGGUUUUUUCUGGUCAUAUACCUGGGAUCAUUUAUGCUGAUGCUCCUGGUCUUAAGCAUCCAAGUGAAGUGUUACCAUGAAAUCAUUACUAUAGGUUACAGAGUCUACCACUCGUAUGAUUUACCAUGGUUUAGAUCCCUCAGCUGGUAUUUUUUGCUGUGUGUGAACUACUUCUUUUAUGGAGAGACUGUAGCCGAUUACUUCGCUACAUUUGUUCAGAGAAGAGAACAGCUUCAAUUCCUAAUUCGCUACCACAGGUUUAUAUCUUUUGCACUUUAUUUAACAGGCUUCUGCAUGUUUGUUUUGAGUUUAGUGAAGAAACAUUAUCGUCUGCAAUUUUACAUGUUCGCAUGGACUCAUGUCACUUUGCUGAUCACUGUAACUCAAUCUCAUCUUGUCAUCCAAAAUCUCUUUGAAGGCAUGAUCUGGUUUCUGGUUCCAAUUUCAAGUGUUAUCUGCAAUGAUAUUGCUGCCUACAUUUUUGGAUUCUUCUUUGGCAAAACUCCAUUAAUUAAGCUGUCUCCCAAGAAGACCUGGGAAGGGUUCAUUGGAGGCUUCUUUUCCACACUUGUAUUUGGAUUUAUUUUUUCCUAUUUUCUGGCUCAACAUCAGUACUUUGUCUGCCCCGUGGAAUAUAACAGUGAAACCAAUAGAUUUGUGACAGAGUGUGAACCUUCAGAGCUCUUUCAGAUUGAGAAGUACCCUUUGCCACCAUUGUUUCAGGCUGUGUUGGGAUGGGAAACGGUGAAUAUGUACCCAUUUCAGUUGCACAGCAUCGCACUGUCGACAUUUGCCUCAUUAAUUGGACCAUUUGGAGGAUUCUUUGCCAGUGGAUUUAAAAGAGCUUUCAAAAUCAAGGAUUUUGCAGACACAAUCCCUGGUCAUGGUGGGAUAAUGGAUCGCUUUGAUUGUCAGUACUUGAUGGCCACUUUUGUUCAUGUCUAUAUCACCAGUUUCAUAAGGGGUCCAAAUCCCAGCAAAUUACUGAAACAGCUGUUGAUACUUCAGCCUGAGCAACAACUAAGCGUGUAUAAAACUCUGAAAUCUCACCUCAUCGAAAAAGGGAUCCUGCAGCCAUCUCUGAGAGUGUAGUUUGUCAAAAUGGAGGACUAGAAGAAACCUCCAUUUACAAGAAGUCUGUGGAAACGCAUUGCAAAUACAAACAUAGAUAACAGCUAAAGGAAGAGUAGUUUUGUGGUCUGGAAGAGGUGAAUGUUUCCUGAAAUGAAUGUGAAUGCUAUGACUUCCUAUUAGGACAUAGAGGAUCUCUUAGUCCUA